UAUUUUUUAACAUUUUAGACCUUUACAGGUAGAGUUACUUUAACAUAGAAGGGAAUUUGUGAGACGAGAGAAAAGGAAAGAAAACCAAUGCUAUUGGAACAUAAAAGGAAUCAGGCACCAGAGGUGGGAUUCAAAUAGGAAUCCUGUUCGUUCAUCUGUAGGGAAUUUUGAGCACUUGCUUAGAAGAUACUGUCAACAGCCAUGUAUAGAAGUGUGAAUCACAUGGGAGAGAACAUAUAGGCGCCGCCAUGACGACCGCCAUCUUGGAGCGACUGAGCACACUGUCUGUGAGCGGGCCACAGCUGCGCCGCCUGCCCAAGAUCCUGGAGGGAGGCCUUCCCCAGAUGCCCCGCACCGUCCCGGAGACCGACGUGCCCCAGCUCUUCCGGGAGCCCUACAUCCGCGCUGGCUACCGCCCCACCGGCCACGAGUGGCGCUACUAUUUCCUCAGCCUCUUUCAGAAACACAACGAGGUGGUCAACGUCUGGACACACUUGCUGGCGGCCCUGGCCGUCCUGUUGCGAUUCUGGGCCUUUGCUGAGGCCGUGGCCUUGCCCUGGACCUCCCCGCACGCCCUGCCCCUGCUCCUCUUUAUCCUGUCCUCCAUCACUUACCUCACUUGCAGCCUUCUGGCUCACUUGCUGCAGUCCAAGUCGGAGCUGUCCCACUACACCUUCUACUUCGUGGACUAUGUUGGUGUCAGCGUUUACCAGUAUGGCAGCGCCUUGGCACACUUCUUCUACAGCUCUGAUCAAGCCUGGUACGAGCGGUUCUGGCUUUUCUUCUUGCCGGCAGCUGCCUUCUGUGGCUGGUUAUCUUGCGCUGGCUGUUGCUACGCCAAGUACCGUUACCGAAGGCCUUACCCAGUUAUGAGGAAGAUCUGUCAAGUGGUACCAGCCGGGCUGGCCUUCAUCCUCGACAUCAGCCCUGUGGCACACCGAGUGGCUCUCUGCCAUCUGGCUGGCUGCCAGGAACAGGCGGCCUGGUACCACACCCUCCAGAUCCUCUUCUUCCUGGUCAGCGCCUACUUCUUCUCCUGCCCAGUGCCGGAGAAGUACUUCCCCGGGUCCUGUGACAUAGUGGGGCAUGGACAUCAAAUCUUCCAUGCCUUUCUGUCUAUCUGCACGCUCUCACAGCUGGAGGCCAUCCUCCUGGACUACCAGGGGCGUCGAGAGAUCUUCCUGCAGCGCCAUAGUUCCAUGUCCGUCUACACAGCCUGCCUCUCCUUCUUUUUCUUGGCUGCCUGCAGUGCUACCACUGCAGCUCUUCUGAGGCACAAAAUCAAGGCCAGACUGACCAGGAAAGAGUCCUGAGGCUUGCUGGUGGAGGCAAGGUAUAGAGGUGGUCCUUUUUGAUUUGGGGAAUACUUGAUGCAACAAUAGACGUUGACUUUUCAAGUGUUGAUUUUUAAAUUAAUAUGUAUUUCCAAGGAUACACUAUGGCUCCAGCAUUUUGAAGCCAGAGGAUUCAAGAAUUUUGUUGUUAAUAAAAUAAAUAUUCCUUUUUCUUCUGGGUCUUGGCCUUACAAGGAAAGGAAGGGAUCUUGAAUAAGAUUGAUGAGACACAGAACUAGAACCAUCUUCAUGUCUGAAAAUUUAUCAGAAUUCUCAUGAUGGAUUCUGGAGGCAAGUCCUCGAAAUGGAUAAUAGAAUUGGGCUGGGAAGUAAGUAGGUGGCUGGUCUUCAUCCUACUGAAAUAGCUGUACUGUGUUGAUCUUUGGCAGUUGAACAUAUUAACCUGAGGACCCUAUGUUAUUUGGAUUUCAGAUUACCUAGGGUGGAAAAGUUACAAUAUUCAAGAUGAUUCAGUGAAACCCUUACACAUAAUGAAUUAUGUGAUUCAUCUGACUUCUGGUCCUUACUUUCAUCCACUGUAACACCCUUUUCUCAGGACAACUGUCUGCCUAGCUGUGUAGUCUGAAGUGCUGUUUACUCCCAUCCCUAUUUUGCAUGAUAAUAUAAAAGGACUAUAAAGCAGUCUUACUCCAGGAAAUGCUUGGAGCCAUUAAACAUUAUUCUCAUAUAAUGCCAAUGUAAACAGUACUAGAAAGUUACAGUGCCAAGAGCCACCAGGAGGCCCACCCACAGAGCAUACAUAUCCUUGCUCUAUUUGUGUCAUGGGACCUUUGUUAUAUACUGCAAACUGCAGGAUUGCUUGAAAGGUUUUUUUUGUUUUGUUUUGUUUUUCUUCCCGGUACUGGGGAUUGAACUCAGGACCUUGGGC